AUGUUUCUCUCUCUUUGUCUCUCACACUCUCUCUCUCUCUCUCCAAUUUACUUUUCUUUAUAUCUCUCUUUCUCUGCCUUUUAUUCUUUUGUCUCUUUUGCUCCCUCUGUAUCCUUUUUCUCUGCUUUGCACUUUUCUUCUUUCAUGUUCUUUCUCUUUUUCUUUCUCUUUUUCUCUUUGUGUGUCUGCUGUAACUUCAUUUUUUUCUUCUUUCCCUUUUACUCCUUUCAUUUUUUUCUUCUUUCUUUACCCUUUUCAAUCUUUCUCUGCAUUUUGUCUUUCCUUUGCACUUUGUAUUUGCCAUUUUUCUCUCUCUCUCAUUUUGUCUUUUUCAGUUUCUACCUCUCUUCUUUUUUUGUCCUUUGUUUUUCUUGUUUUUCUUUCCAUAUUUUGUCUUUUCAGUUUCUACCCUCUCUAUCUCUUUUUUCCUUUGUCAUUUUUCUCUUGUUUUCUUUCUCCAUAUUUUGUCUUUUCAGUUUCUACCUCUCUAUCUCUUUUUUUCCUUUGUCAUUUUCUUUUGUUUUCUCUCUCUCUCCAUAUUUUUUCUUUUCAGUUUCUACCUCUCUAUCUCUUUUUGUCCUUUGUCAUUUUCUCUUGUUUUCUCUCUCUCUCCAUAUUUUGUCAGUUUUUUCUAGUCAUUUUUUCUCUCUCUCUAUCUUUUUCAGUUUUUUUGUCCUUUUUGUCCUUUUCAUUUUCUUGUUUUUCUCUCUCUCCAUAUUUUGUCUUUUUCAGUUUCUACCUCUCUAUCUCUUUUUGUCCUUUGUCAUUUUCUCUUGUUUUCUCUCUCUCCUUCUUUUUCAGUUGUCACCUCUCUAUCUCUUUUGUCCUUUGUCAUUUUCUCUUGUUUUCUCUCUCUCUCCAUAUUUUGUCUUUUUCAGUUUCUACCUCUCUAUCUCUUUUUGUCCUUUGUCAUUUUCUCUUGUUUUCUCUCUCUCUCCAUAUUUUGUCUUUUUCAGUUUCUACCUCUCUAUCUCUUUUUGUCCUUUGUCAUUUUCUUGUUUUCUCUCUCUCUCCAUAUUUUGUCUUUUUUCAGUUUCUACCUCUCUAUCUCUUUUUGUCCUUUGUCAUUUUCUCUUGUUUUCUCUCUCUCCAUAUUUUGUCUUUUUUCAGUUUCUACCUCUCUAUCUCUUUUGUCCUUUGUCAUUUUCUUUUGUUUCUCUCUCUCUCCAUAUUUUGUCUUUUCAGUUUCUACCUCUUCUCUUUUGUCCUCAUUUUCUCUUGUUUCUCUCUCUCUCCAUAUUUUGUCUUUUUCAGUUUCUACCUCUCUAUCUCUUUUUGUCCUUUGUCAUUUUCUCUUGUUUUCUCUCUCUCUCCAUAUUUUGUCUUUUUCAGUUUCUACCUCUCUAUCUCUUUUUGUCCUUUGUCAUUUUCUCUUGUUUUCUCUCUCUCUCCAUAUUUUGUCUUUUUCAGUUUCUACCUCUCUAUCUCUCUUUUGUCCUUUGUCAUUUUUCUUGUUUUCUCUCUCUCUCCAUAUUUUGUCUUUUUCAGUUUCUACCUCUCUAUCUCUUUUUGUCCUUUGUCAUUUUCUCUUUUUCUCUCUCUCCAUAUUUUGUCUUUUCAGUUUCUACCUCUCAUCUCUUUUGUCCUUUGUCAUUUUCUCUUGUUUUCUCUCUCUCUCCAUAUUUUGUCUUUUUCAGUUUCUACCUCUCUAUCUCUUUUUGUCCUUUGUCAUUUUCUCUUGUUUUCUCUCUCUCUCCUACCCUAUGUUUUCAUCUCAUUCCAGCUGUCCAUGUCUUUCCUCUUUGUUUUUCCUCUUGUUCCCACUCUGUUUUUCUCUCUCAUUUUGUCUUUUUUUCUCUCACUCUCUCUGCUCUUUAUCCCUUCAACUUUUCACUCCCUUUCCCUCUCUAUUUGUUCUCUUUUCUUUUUUAUUUUCUCUUUCUCAUUCCACAUUCUUGCUCCCUGUCAUAUUCUCUACAAACCAUUUUCUUUCUUUCUGUGACAAAUCUCUCUCUUUUUUUACCCUCCACCCUUUGGUCUUUCACAUUAUCUUCUAUCGGUUUUGCUCUUUGUCUUAACUGUUUCCCUAUUGUUCAUUUUAAAUAUUCCUUAUUUUCAAUUCUGUCUUCAUCUUUCUCUCUCUUUUUCUUUCCAAACUCUGUCAUUUUUGUUUCUCUCUCUCACUCAUUCCACUGUCUUUUACUCUCUUUUGCUUUGCCAUUUCUCCUUUCUUCCCCUCUCUCUAUUCUUUACCAUUUCUCCUUUCUUCCCCUCUCUCUAUUCUUUACCAUUUCUCCUUUUUCCCCUCUCUCUAUUCUUUACCAUUUCUCCUUUUUCCCCUUUUUCUAUUCUUUACCAUUUCUCCUUUCUGCUCCUCUCUCUAUUCUUUACCAUUUCUCCUUUUUCCCCUUUUUCUAUUCUUUUCCAUUUCUCCUUUCUUUCCCCUCUCUCUAUUCUUUACCAUUUCUCCUUUCUUUCCCCUCUCUCUAUUCUUUACCAUUUCUCCUUUCUUUCCCCUCUCUCUAUUCUUUACCAUUUCUACUUUUUUUGCAUUUUUCUUUGACCCACUUCUCUUUCUCUCUUUGCAUUCUUCAUUUCUUUACUGUCUAUCUCUCUUUACUGUUUACUUUUUCACUUUGCAUUUUUUCUUCAUCUCUCUCUUUUUCUUGUUGCACAUUGUUAUUAAUGUCUCUCUUUCUCUCUCCAUCUUUUCAUCUAUUUCACUUUGGCAUUAGUUUUUUCUUUCUGUCCUCUCUCACUUUGUUCUCUCUUCUCUCUUUCAUGUUUUAUCUCCAUCAUUUUUUUUCCUUGUAUUUUGCUCAUUGUCUUUUCCUCUCCAGCACUUUUCACUUUAUCUUUUCUUCUCGAUCUCUACAUCUCUUUGUCUUUUCCCCUCUAUCUAUUUCUCUUUCCAUCUCCAUCUCUCCUGUCUUUCCCUCUCCAUCUCUCCUGUCUUUCCCUCUCCAUCUCUCCUGUCUUUUUCCAUCUCCCUGUCUUUUCCUCUCCAUCUCUCCUGUCUUUUCCUCUCCAUCUCUCCUGUCUUUUCCUCUCCAUCUCUCCUGUCUUUCCCUCUCCAUCUCUCCUGUCUUUUCCUCUCUAUCUUUUUGUUUUUCUUCUCCAUCCCCUUACCCUUUUUCUUUUCCUCUCCAUCUCUUUUUUUUUCCUCACCAUCUUUUUUCCUCUCCAUCUCUUUGUCUUUUCUUCUCCAUCUCUUUGUCUUUUCUUCUCCAUCUCCACACCCCUUGUCUUUUCCUCUCCAUCUCUUUGUCCUUUGUCUCUUCCUCUCUAACACUUUGCACUUGUCUUUACAUGUAUCUCUCUGUUAUUAUAUUCUCCAUCUCCUUUUGUUCCUUUUUCCUGCCACUAUUUCACUUGUACCAGAUAUAUGAACCAUUGUAUUUAAACAAUUUUAAAUCAGAAUCCUUCUAUACAAAUGCAACUAAGCCUCAUAUGUCAUCUUUGUUUCUCUCCCAUGUCUCAAUGUACAGCACUGUAACUUUCUAUCGAUAA